AUGUCUGAAACGAAGGAUAAAUCCAAGGUGCACAAGCUGUCCCUGAAAGGGUCGGCUAAGCUUGUGGCUGAAUUUUUUGAAUACUCGAUCAACACUGUGCUCUUUCAACGUGGUGUCUACCCUCCCGAAGAUUUCAUAACUGUCAAGAAAUAUGGCCUUAACAUGCUAGUGUCCGCCGACGACCAGGUCAAAGCCUAUAUCAAAAAGAUCAUGUCGCAAUUGAACAAGUGGAUGUUGGGUGGAAAGAUCUCGAAGCUGGUGGUCGUUAUUACCGACAGAGAGACAGGUGAACAUGUGGAAAGAUGGCAGUUUGACGUUGAUAUCUUCUCAAAAACCUCGAAGAGCAAGAGUUCAUCUGAAAAAUCAGGCGACAAAGAGAAUGCAGCCGCAGAGGAAGCCAACUCUGCUCAGCCCGCCGAAAGAACGCAAAAGGAAAUCCAAGACGAGAUUCAGGCUAUCUUCCGGCAAAUUACUGCCUCGGUCACAUUCCUUCCUGUCUUGGAUGGUGAUUGUACAUUCAAUGUACUCGUCUAUGCCGAUGCUGACUCUGAUGUCCCUGUGGAAUGGGGUGACAGUGAUGCCAAGGAGAUCAAGAACGCCGAGAAGGUCCAGCUCCGAAGCUUCAGCACGAACAAUCACCGUGUGGGCACUGUUGUCAGCUACCGAAUGGACGAUUAA